AUGGACACAACAACUCUCGUAAAUGAAUUUGUCAAAGCUUUUUACGAAGAAGAUUUCGAAAAAGAACUUGAUCUUUACUAUCAAAUCGGUAACAUCUAUUUAGACUCUCAACUUAGAACCAAUCUAGAUCUUAAACUCCUCUUGCGUAAUAAUAAUGAAUAUCAGCAUUUUUCUCAAGAAAUGGAUGAUGUAAGCUUAUACCAUUUUUUACAGAAUUUUCCAUUUUUUUAUAAAAAUAUUCAACAUCCAUCAAUUAAAUAAAAAAAGAAUAUUACUGGGCUACCUCAUCGAUGAAGAGGAUUGAGAGACAAUUGCGGAGAAAAAUGAGAUAUCAGUAUCAACAAAAAGAAAAGGAGAAGAUUUUUUUAUUAAAUGUCAAGCAACAAUUCAUUGUCCUGCAAUUAAUUUAUUUGCAAUUUUACGAGAGGUUGACUUGCUUCCUUCAUGAAUCCACACUGUAAAAAACAGUGAAGUUUUAUUUGAUCCUAGGGAAAACAGAAGAUUGCUGAGAUAUCAAUAUGACCUGCCAUGGCCACUGGUGAAUAGAGAAAGUAUUUUAGCUGCAAAAUAUAUCCCUAUGGAAGAGCUGAGGUCUAUUUUAAUUGUAAUGGGAAGCCCUAGACAUUCAGAUUAUCUUGGAUUUACGUUGCCAAGUCCAGAGAAAAAAACAAGAAUGACGAUACCACUGGGAGGAACACUUUUAAAAGCGACAGAAAAUAAUGAAUGUGAAAUUAUGCUUAUUUAAAACGAUUUAUUGCUGAAAAUAAGCAUAAAAUGUCUUAAUUUCUGAAAAAUUGGUGGUAGCUAUUGGUUUCUUAAUAUAAGUAUAUGUUUUUUAGCAAAACUAACACAGCAGUGGUAUUUUUUAUAUAGAAAUUUAUACCAAAAGCGAUUUUAAAUUACAUUACAAAAAGCAUGUUUUUUAAUAUGAUGUCAGAAUUAAAAAAUCAAGCUGAAAAGUUUGAUAGCGGGAUUUAUUUUGACAGGGUAAAAGAGAAACAAGAGUUUUAUGAGAGAAUGAAAGCUAUUUUCCAUGAGGAUUAA